UGUAUUUCCAGAUGGAGAUAUUGGAGUUUUUUGGGGUUCAGUGUCAUCAUUUUCUCUGAUUUAUCUCCUCGAUCCCUUCUGCAAAAUUUCAGAACUUUCAGAGAGAGAGAGAGAGAGAGAGAGAGGAAAAAUGGCAGAUUGGGGCCCAGUGGUGAUAGCAACGGUCUUGUUUGUGCUUCUAACGCCAGGGCUCUUGUUUCAGAUCCCGGGGAGGACCAGAAUUGUCGAGUUCAACAGCUUUCACACCACGGGCAUCUCCAUUUUAGUGCACGCGGUCAUCUAUUUUGGGCUCAUCACUAUAUUUCUCAUUGCCAUUGGGGUCCACAUCUACUCUUAGCUUGUUUGCUUAGUAAAUUUACCAGCUGCUAUUCAAUUCUGUGGUGCUGCAGAUGAUGCGUGUUUCUAGUGUUUGUGUUCAUGGGGUGCUGUCUUUUUGGUCGGAGGACCGUGUGAGUCCUGUAAAGAAGUAGCUAGGAGUUUAUCAUCUUGAGUUGUAUUGUGUUGGGAUGUUUUGAUGCCCAAAUCAUGAAUAUUUGGUUUUGAUUUGCUGAAAUUGAUCCUUGGAUAGCUUGAAAUAAUGCGUCGAUGGAGUAAAAGGAUUCUCCAACAUCCCUUUUUGGUAAUUGGAAGUAAACUUUUGGGUUUCAAAGUAAAAACCCCUUAUUAUUAUUGUACCAUUUUUGCAAGAACUAGGCAGCUCUAAA